AUGGUUGACUUUGCGUCGUCCAUCCUCGACCACGGCAUCACGGUCCAGACGACAGAGAAUGUCAAUGAGUCAAAGCAGAAGGUCGUGAUCGGCUCGUUCAAAGGGAUCAAAGGCGGACAACCCACUGAGUCGUCGUUCAAUGAGCACAAUGACACAUUUAAAGAGUACAGCAAGGGAUCGAAAGGCCAGACCACGAUUGAGCCGGGCAUAUUCUUCAGGGAGUUCAAGUUGAGACCAAGGACCGUCAUGCAAAUGCUCAACAUUGUCGACAAGAUGCCCUGGAGGUCAUUUUUGCCCCGGGUCAAUCCGUUGAAAUUACUAUUCUCGACCCAGCGGUUGCGGGAAGUGAAGGAGCUGUUUGCCGUGCAGGAAGGCUCGGCCACGGAGCACGUGAUCCUCAACGCACUGUGCGAGUGCAAGAGGCCACCGAGCCCGGGCGAGAUGAAGUAG